GAGUAACACACUGUGAUGGAGACCUCUCUAAUCGUCGGCGCCUAGAUAUUACCCCUCCAUACAAUGAAGAAUUGCAUAAGGUAUAACUUCUUUUAUGUGAGGCAGCUGAGUUAAGUUUUUCCCUAUAAGUUUGGUAGGAUAUCGAGAGAUUUUUUUGGUUCCUCUUCUCGUUCUUUCCAUCAUCGCAUCUCCGUCACUUAUUUUCGUCUGGAUAUCUCCACAUUCGCGCCAUCAGGAAGGAAACAGAUAGGCACAAUCAAGAGGAAGAUUCCCAUUUCUACAUACACAAAUUCGGUAUCAAUGGCAGCAGGAAUGGAUCCAGAAGUGGCAGAGCCAAAUCUUCCCGAAACUUACAAUGCAUUCUUCUACGGUACUCUUAUGGCCCCCGAGGUUCUCUGUCGUGUAAUCUAUGGUGCCUCCAAUCACCCGUCCACUUCUCUAACCAUCACCCCCGCCCUUCUCUAUGACUACUGUCGACAUCGUGUUAGGUUCGCCGACUAUCCGGCUAUCAUCUCCGAGCCAGGUCAUACCGUUCGUGGGACCUAUGUAACCGGACUUACGCCCUCCAACAUGCGAAAUUUGGAUUAUUUUGAAGGGUCUCAAUAUGAGCGAAAAGUAGUCACUGUAAAGAUCUUGACUCCAAAGGAUAAAGAACAUACACACGGUGCCAGUGCAAUCAUGGCUGAAGCGGUAGAAACGGGAGAAGAGAAAGAAGCGCAAACAUAUGUCUUUACGGAUUUGAAUGCUUUAGAGAAAGGAGAAUGGGAUUUCGAAUUUUUCAGACGAGAGAAAAUGAAGAAUUGGGCGGAUGAAAGUGAGGAGUAUGCCGAAGUCGAUGCGAAGGCUGCGAAAACUAACGAGAGUGAAAUUGGUAUUCAUGAAUUCCUUGAUCAACCAGAUCCUACUGGCGGGCGGGGCAUUAAAACGGCUAUGGGAAAGGAGUUAAAAGAGUUGGCAGAUAAAAAGAGAGAGGAAAAAUGGAUUUUGGAGGAGAAGAAGAGAAUUGCCAAGGAGAAAUCGAAAUGCCAAGGUACUAUUGGUUAAAUGAGCAUUCUUGGGUUGAUUUGGAAUAUCAAGAAAAGGCAAGAUUGAAUGUUGUUACAUUGGGAGCCUACAUAGAUAUGAUUCCAUUUUUAGUACAAGGUUUGCGGAUUUGCAUAGAAGGAAUUUGGUUGCAUUUCCCUUUUUCAAUAUUAAAAUUGGCGCAAAUGAAGGAUAGACAUAGAUUCUGCAUACAAAUGAUACACACCCAUUGUUUAAGCACUGAACAAUACCAGUAGUCUAUUCCCA